AUGUCUUGCUUCCUUUACUUUUCUAUUCUCCUGAUUCCUCUCGUUCUUGGAGACGAUGAAGUGGUUUGUGUACCUACAGAAGGAGAGAACAGGGAGGAAUGCGUUAUGAUUUACAAUGGUGUCAAAGACAAUAUUCUGACCUUGAACCUUACCGAAUUGGAAAACAUCGAAAAGUUCAGAAAUAACUGUCUGGAUUUCGAGAAAUGUACCGCACAACUAAAAUGUGGAGCUGAAAAGGCUCUUGUGGACACUAUCGACGAUAUUCCUUUUGUGAAGCUUCCAUGUUUCGAACUUGAUAGUGGAGACGAAGAAGCUCUUAGAACUGCGUGCAGCGAGUUCUUUGGAAAGGACGGGUGUCUAGAGAAAGAGAUGUCCGAAGGAUGUGGAGUGGAUGUUUGGAAUGGGUUCAAGAAGAACCAACUGGCAAUGAACAAAAUCACAGGAACCUGCAAAUUUGAUUAA